AUGAGUCUAUCUGCGAUUGUCAUCAAUGAGACCGAAAGUGUCGGGCCAUCAUCACCCCUGUCAUGUAUUUUUUCGUCACCUAGUUCUGAUGAACACAGUAGUGAUCCGGGAACACCGCCGCCCAUAUUCUCAUGCCACGAUUUUAGACAUUGUGGUGCUGUGGGCCGCCCGAUUGGAGCCCCUGGGUGUGAUCUUACAACACUAGCUUGGUGUCCUGGACUUAAUUUGCCCGGGCUAAACCUUACCACUCCACCCUCUCUGUAUGGCGGUCACAUACAUCCAUUGCCCAAUCCAAUUGUCACCUGUGGAUUUUGCAGAGUACACGAAACCACUUACCUUCCAGGAAAGGUCGUUUAUGUCGACGCCGAAGCAACCGCGAACUAUCAUUCUGGCCACCGCAACCAACUUUGCCACAGCUGUAUCCGCGGCGAAGUAGAACUAUAUUGGAUGCGCCAGGGUACACCUGCACCUGGCAACUCAAGUGUCAUAUGGGCACGUCAAUGGCCGCUAGCCAACGGCCUCCAAGACCUAUGCACGUGCGCUACAACAUCCAUUGCAAUAUGGGCAAACACGCACUGCCAUGCCUGCCGCGACACAAUAUUUCUAGAAACUUGCUGGAGACCCUACACCAAUGCAGAAGACAUCCUGCGCCGGCACACAAAACCAGUCAUAACAGGCAAGAAACGCUGCCGCCUGCAAGACGCCACUCAGCCUGAAAACAGGAUCUCCAACACCGUCUUCAAUAAUCGCAGAGCCAGAGGCAUCGGCCGCAUGUGUCCAUGUGGCGAGAAACCCAAACUACCGAGUAACCUAGAAUACAUCACCGUUUGUUUUAGUUGCUCGGGCGUCAGAAUCGAUCCCGCGAAUUUACCGCCUGAGCUGCAGCAGGGGCCAAUCAUGGAGACGCUCAAUCGGCGCCAGAGGCUGAGGCCGCGGCCGCUGGCGAGGACGAAGGGACCUCGGGCUGCGGCGAGGUCGCAUAUGUUUAGGGUUAAUAUUGAGUUUGGGUGGUUACUCCCAGGGGAUACGCGGGUUGGUGGGCAGUGA